AUGGAUUCCAAAUUAUUGAAAAUUGUACUGUUAAUUACGUUUUUUGUAAGAUUAACAAUACUUCAAAUGUGGAAUGGUAGCGGAUUUGAAAUUGGAUCAAAAAAGAAAUUAAACGAAAGUGAUUUAGAAGACUCUCUAGAUUAUCCAAAUUUAAUAGUUCAGCAAAAGGAACGAGAAGGAAAUCUGGAAAAGAUUGAUAGCGUUCCUUGGUAA